CUUAUCGACGGCGGAUUCGACAGAAGGAGAAGCUGACAUCUCUAGAAGACAAAAACGUCCUCUGUGAAAACUACAACUUCUGCUACGUCCGAACAACAAGGAGAUAGAAAUCACUACUGUUCUUCACUAUCUUUCUUUACGAUUCUUUAGAAAAAAAUAUAUUUUUCAACUUGCAAGGAAAUAACUACUCAUUUUAUAGCAUUCAUGAUAAGAAGACAAGUCUCUAAGAUUCUAAGGCCUACUGAGUUUAGACUGUUCCCAUUUAAGAUUAAGACAACUACAUAAGAAGAUCAACUACACAAGAAGAUUAAGACAACCUAACCUAACCUAGACAAGAAGAGGAACAAGAUGUCCAAGCAGAAACCUAAAGUCGCACCGCAGUUCGCCAAUGAGGAGGAGCGAGCUGCCUACUAUGAGAAGGUCAUGGAAAGCAGCGACGAUGAAGUGAAUACGAUCAGGGUAAAGAGUCUACACAAGGAGUCUUUAAAGAUGAAGUCAACACGAUCAGGAUAAAGAGUCUACAUAAGGAGUCUUUGCAUCCUCGUUGGCGCAACUUCUCCUGUAAAGAGUCUAUGCUUGCAGGUCACAUGAGAAGUGACAAAAAUCAUGGUCGUCCCAAAAGGGAUCGCAUAAGUAGUAUACCUGUAGUAGGAGUAGUGAAAGGAGCUAGUAUACCUGUAGUAGUAGUGAUCGUGAAAGGAGUAGUACUGGCGCUCAGACUUCCGCAGCCUCUUCUAUCAUGCCGUGAUGGAAGAAAUGCAACGAACUAGUUGUACUGAAGGAAGAUGAAGAAAGACAGACAGGAGACCAUGGUCGUCCCAAAGGGGACCGCAUAGUCUAAACAGGAAUCCGCAAGGUGUAGGAAGGCACUCCAGCGACGCUUCAUCUCUAUAGUUAGAGACUCUAUAAAGACUCUUUCCAACUUUAUUAGCCAAGUCCGUUCCUGAUUGUGACUCCGAUUAGUACUACAUACACAUACUCAAUUUCAAUCAAGCCAAUCCUUCCCUUUUAAAACCAAGCAAACCACCCAUGAUCCGGCCAAAUCUUUCCCCAUCCCAAAAAUCAAGGGUUCCAAUCAACUACCUUAAAAACAAAACAGGUUGAAGGUGAGGAGCUGGCCGAUGUCCCGGCUUGGCUCCGCGCCGCCUUGGCCAUGAUGGACGCCGAUGACACAGGUGAAUUAGACAAAGCGGAGGUCGUCUACUUCAUGAAGCGCAUUCGUAAACUCAUCCAAGCCAAGAAAAAUGACAACGGUGAACUCGACUACGCUGAUUUUCCAGACUCGGUUAAAGCAGCUAUGGCAGUAUGGGAUGCUGAUGCGAGUGGGUAAUAUUACACUGCUGGAGUAUAUUGACCUUUCUUCUUGAUAAUGGAUAUAUUUUUUUGUUUAAAGAAAUAGAAAGAUCUUGGUCUUCUUCGGUUCAAAACAUUAUCUUACAGUUCAAGAUCAGGGGUAUUUGGACACAACUCUUGAUACAUACAUCUUACAGCUCUUGGACCUUUUUUUAUAUUUCGCUAUAUGAAAUGGGUUGUAGUUGGUGUUUCUUCGAUCUUGCAAGAUGAUUUGUUUACUCAUCAUUCCUCACUCUUAUAAUCAUUCCUUACUCUUACCUUAUCUCCAUCCAAAACUCCCAACAGUUCCGUCUCUGUGGGCGAACUUACCGCGGCAGCUAAUGCCCAAAAGAAGAUGCAAGAGGAGAAUCGUGUCAUG